GGGACGUGAAGGCAGCUGGGAGUUAUAAGCUCUUGGUCUGCUGGUACUUUGACGCUUUAACCUUUUUGACGGGCUUCACGCGGAGAAUUCGUCUUUGGCACGGGUAAGAACGGCUUUCUGCAACUCCAGUUUGGAAAUCCUCAUUCCUUCUACAAUGGCAGCGAUUGGAAACCGUGGAACAGUGACUGAGGCGGCUGGUUUUAACGCCGAUGCAGAUGUGCAGAGUCUUAGAGAAGCCAUGAAGGGAACUGGCACUAAUGAGGAAACCAUCAUCAAGAUCUUUGCACACCGUACUGUUGCCCAGAGGCAGCGCAUCAAAGAGGCCUACAAACAGGCAGUGGGGAAGGACCUGGCUGACGAUCUGUCCUCGGAGCUGAGUGGGAACUUCAGGAGUGUCGUUCUCGGUCUGCUGAUGCUGGCUCCGGUGUAUGACGCCUACGAGCUGAGAAGUGCAAUGAAGGGGGCUGGAACUGAAGAGGCCGCUCUCACCGAUAUUCUGGCUUCAAGGACAAAUUCUGAAAUAAUAGCCAUCAAUGCGCUCUUUAAGAAAGAACAUGGAAAAAGCUUGGAGGACGAGGUGUGUGGAGACACAUCAGGAAUGUUCCAGAGGGUUUUGGUCUCUUUGCUGACGGCUGGACGGGACGAAAGCGACAAAGUGGACGAGGCCCAGGCCGUUCUAGAUGCCAAGGACAUCUAUGAGGCUGGUGAGGCGCGAUGGGGCACGGACGAGGUUAAAUUCCUCACGGUGCUUUGUGUGAGGAACCAGAAGCAUCUGCUACGAGUGUUUGAGGAGUAUCAGAAGAUUUCUGGGAGAGACAUCGAGGACAGCAUUAAGAGGGAGAUGUCUGGAUGUCUGGAGGACGUCUUUCUGGCCAUAGUGAAAUGCAUAAGGAACAAGCCGGCGUUCUUUGCAGAGCGAUUAUACAAAUCAAUGAAGGGGCUGGGCACUACAGAUAGUGUCCUCAUCAGAAUAAUGGUUGCGAGGGUGGAGAUUGACAUGUUGGACAUUAAGGUGCAGUUCCUGAAGAUGUAUGGCAAGACUCUCUACUCCUUCAUCAAGGGAGACACAUCUGGUGACUACCGCAAAAUCCUGCUGGAGCUUUGUGGAGGAGAAAAAAAAAAAAAAAAAAAGAAACAUCAGAGCAACUUCCAGCUGUCUUUAUUCCACAUUAUGAGCUAUUAUUCUGUUGAAGACUUCCUUUUUUUACCCUCUUCUUCCACGGCCUUCACAUUUCACUGAUUGAAUGUGCCUUGUUUUACUGUUUGAUCUUUAACACCAAUUAAACCAAAGACUAGUGACCUUUUACACA